UUAAAAGGCACAUUAUAUAUUGUUCCUUAAUCCUUAUACAUUCAAACACAACACAAAAUAGAAAAUUAAACAUGCAAAAAAGAAAGGCAGGGAGGAAGAAAUUCCAAGAGACAAGGCACCCUAUUUACAAAGGUGUGAGGCAAAGGAAUGGAAAAUGGGUUUGUGAGCUUAGACAACCAAACAACAAAACUAGGGUUUGGCUUGGAACCUUUUCUCACCCUCAAAUGGCGGCUAUAGCCCAUGAUGUCGCGGCUUUGGCCUUCCGGGGCGACAAUGCUUCCCUAAACUUCCCUCAGUCGGCCGCCUCGCUGCCUCGACUCAAUGCUGAAACCACUUCUCUCAAAAGCAUCCAGAUAACUGCGACGCAGGUCGCGAACAAUCACUUUGUUGAAGGCACAGAAGAGAUCAUGAGUAUCCGUGGAAGUAAUGAUGGUUCUUCUCAUGAGGAGGAGUUGUCUUCGGAUAGUAGUUUUGGAGAAGAUUCUAGAAGCUUCUAUUGGGAUGAAGAGGAAGUGUUUAACAUGCCAGGGUUGAUGAAUAGCUUGGCUGAAGCCUUGAUUAUAACUCCACCGGCUUUGGAAAGAGGCUUCAAUUGGGUUGGUGUAGAAACUACUAUAGAUUUAACUCUAUGGGGUGAUUAAUAACCAUAACGUGAAAACUCAGGUGCAGCAGUCGGCUUCACAUGAAUUUGAUAGGUAAGAGCCAUUAAAUGAUUUGAUUGAUUUGAUUAAAUUUUUAUUUAACGAUUCUCAACUAUCAACUUUACGUGAAGUCGACUGCACAUGAGUUUUCACCUAAUCAUAAACCCUAAAAUGUUACAUAGAAAAAAAAUAGUCAGAACUUAUUUUAUUUAAUAUUUAUUAAUUAUUAUUAAAAUUAAUAAAUAUUAAAUAAGACAAAUUCUGACUGUUUUUAUCUAUUUUUUUUAUUAUCAAAUAUUUUCGAUUAGUUUAUAAUCAAUAAUUAUACGUUAAGUACCCACCAUACUCUAUAUAUCUCUUAUAAAAUCGUA